AGAUCCAAAAGAAUAAAGAAUAAAAAUAAAUCUGCAUUUCUUAAUCAGGCUUAAAAACCUUCGUUAAAUUCUGCAUUUCAAUUUUCAACUUUCAACCUCACAAGUAAACCAAAAAAAAAAACCCUUCUUUUUCUCUCUCAUGCCUUUCUGCAAUUAACCAAACUUUUACUAGUGAGAGAUGUCGUCACCGGGCUUCCCCGGCGGCGUCGGAGCCUCCGAUUUCUACGGCAGAGCAGGUAACUUUUCCGGCAGAUCUAUCACACUUCCGUCCAACAUGAACAAUAUGAACAACAAUAACAAUAAUUUCUCAACCAUGGCCACCACCACCACCCAGAAUUAUCAUAACCCUUUCUACCGAACCCAACAACAACAACAACAACUUCCAUCGAUUUUCAUCGACCCUUCUUCCCAAAUCGUUCAAAACCGAUCAUCUACCAUGAUCAGAAAUUACCUUGACCCUUCUUCCCAAAUCGCACAACAACGUCAUGCAUCUAACCUCAUCGGAAAACGUACCCUCGCUGAAUUUCAAACCCACAACAUCAACAACAUCAACAAGACCAACAACCUCAGUACCCACAAUACUGCUAACGCUCUUCUUUCCAACCUUGUAUUUCGCUCUGUCAAACCUAGAAAUUUUCAAUACGGUUCUCCUCUUUCACCUCUUUCUCCUAUGGAUUUCUCAAAUUCAUCAAAUUCAUCAACCGAUUUGGGCAACAAUUCUUCUUGUUCUUCUUCUGCUAUAGCUAUGCUUCUUCGCUCGAAUCCUGGUGCUCAAAACUCAACACCGGUGAAUAAUUCGAUCCUCCAGAAUACCCAUUUUCAAAAUCAAAAUUCCAAUUCUGCUGAGAUUCAGACAACAAUCACUGACCCAAAUAAGAAAAUGAUGGAUAAUUACUUAUUGGAGUUGGAAAAACAGCUCCUUGAAGACAAUGACGAAGAAGGAGAACAAGAUGGGAAUUCUGUCACUACAAACAGUGAAUGGUCUGAGACAAUUCAGAAUUUAAUUAGUUUACAGCAAAACCCGAUCCAGAUACCAGUUUCAUCACCGUCUUCAUCCAACACUUCCCUGAAUUCAUCUUCUUCCUCGGUUGUUUUACCUUCGGGCUCUUUCAAGCAAUGGUUAACAGAAGCUGCUACCGCGAUUUCGGAAGGUAAAAUCGAUGCUGCAUCGGAGAUCCUUAAUCGUUUGGCUCAGACACUAAAACUAUCCGUGAGUUCUGAUAGUAGAUUAACUAAUUAUAUGGUCUCAGCGCUCAAAUCUCGCAUGAAUCAUUUCGAAAAUCCACCUCCGGUAGCGGAACUGUUCAGUAAAGAACAUGCUGAGUCAACUCAGCUUAUGUUCGAUAAUUCUCUGUGCUUUAAGGUCGCUUUCAUGGCUGGCAACAUCGCAAUCAUCGAAGCUGCAUUCGAUGAAACAACAUCAGAGAGAACUAACAGUAACAACAAUAUGAAGAAUAUCUGUGUGGUGGAUUUUGAUAUUGGUCAUGGGAAAAGAUACGUUAACCUUCUCCAUGAGCUACACGCGCGUCUCAAAGGUUCACCGGCGACGUUGAAGAUCACAGCUGUAGCAGAUAACAGCAACGACGAGAGGUUGAAGAUGGUGGAAGAGAAUUUGAGUCAACAAGCUGAGAAAUUGGGAAUCGGUUUUGAAUUCAAAGUGGUAACACUGAAAAUCACCGAGUUAACUCGCGAGUCAUUGGGUUACAGCUCAGAGGAUAUUCUUGCUGUCAACUUCGCGUUCAAGCUUUUCAGAAUGCCAGAUGAAAGCGUGUCAACUGAGAAUCCACGCGACGAGCUUCUCAGGCGCGUGAAAUCACUUGCCCCGCGUGUAGUAACUCUUCUGGAGCAAGAGCUGAAUACAAACACAGCUCCAUUUGUCGCACGUGUGGCUGAGUCGUUUUCCUAUUACGGCGCGUUGCUUGACUCAAUUGAGUCCACAAUGGGGAAAGAGAGCUCGGAGCGAGUCAAGAUUGAGGAGGGGCUGAGUCGGAAGAUGGGUAACACGGUUGCUUGUGAAGGUAGGGAUCGCGUGGAGCGCUGUGAAGUGUUUGGGAAGUGGCGUGCACGCAUGAGUAUGGCUGGGUUUAGUUUGAACCCGGUGAGUCAGAAAGUCGCUGAGUCGGUAAAAGCGCGACUCGCUCCAGGGAGCCGAGUUAUUGUGAAUGAAGAAAACGGUGGGGUUAGCUUUGGGUGGAUGGGAAGAAAACUAACCGUCGCAUCUGCUUGGCGUUAACUCAACUCACUUUUUAUUUUUUAAUUUUAUGAAUAUUAUUAAUAUGUCACAUUGUUACGGGGUAUAUUUCAACUUUAUCUAGAGGAUAAUGGGUAGAAAUAAAAAAAAAAGAAAAAAGAAAAUUAGUGUUGGAAAAUUGUACUUGAGAACACACUUGGUUCCUCUGUUUUGUUCCACCAAACAAGCUUAAUAAAAAAGUGUUUGAAUCCCGAGAAAA